AAUUACAGAAAAAAUUUUUAUUAACACUGAAAUUUAUGAUAAGCAAUUAGAAAUAAGAGAAUAAGGAACUGAUUACUUUUUAGAAACAUGUUUAGUGGAAAAAAAUUUGAACAACUUUCAAGGUCUACUCAAUAUCGUAUUAAAAAAAUUUUAGCUUCAUGUGAUAAUGAAAAAAAUGAUUAUUUUACCAAUGAAUCAAGUGCAUCAAGUGAAACAGAUUUUAACGGAAUUUUAGACGAUGAUGAGGUGAUUAAUUAUCAAGCAAGUGACUACUCCGAAACCGAUUAUUCUUAUAACAUAGACGACAAUAGUGAUAAUUCCAGUGAUGUUGAAAGUUUUAAUGAUCACCAUGAUUUUGACAAUGAUAAUUUCUGUGAUAAUGAAUAAAGUGAUGAUGGUUAUAUGGAUUUUAAUAAUAAUGAUUUCUACGACAAUGAAAAAAGUGAUGACAAUUACACGGAUUGUUCGAGUGAUAUUGAAGAAAUUCAAUCUAUUAUCAGUAGCUCUAAUGAUAAUGAAUUGGGCAACUGUAACGAAAGUCAAUGGGAUGAUAGUUGGUCUAGUAGUGAAUCUGAUAGCGGUGAAUCUCAUCGUAGUUCAGAUGAUAUGCAAGAUGAGACUCGUUUUUAUAAUGAAAAUCUGAAUAAUCCUAUAUAUCUCAAUGCUCCUAUAACUUUAGGCGAAAGCGUGUUAUGCAUUUUAACAUUUAUGAUACGUCACAAAGUAACCAAAGCUUUAUUAGCAGACUUAUUAUCUCUUAUAAGACUACAUUGCAUUACGCCAAAUAUUUGUAUAAAAUCUUUAUAUUAUUUUCAAAAAAUUUUCAAAAAUAUUCAGUCACCAAUCGUACGUCAUUAUUUUUGCUCUCUAUGCUUUUCCAAGUUAGAUAAUCUAAAAAGUAUAUGUCCAAAAUGCAAAAAAAAAACAGGAAAUAAAUUAUUUCAUUCAAAUCCCUUUAGUGCCACAAUUAUUGAAUUUUUUUAAGCGAUCUCAUGUUUAUAAUUCUUUGCAAGGCCGAUUCAAUAGACAAAAAAUGAAUGAUAAAAAUCUAGAAGAUAUUUGGGAUGGGCGCACUUACAAAUCAUUCUUUAAAAACAAUGGUUUUUUAUCGUGUCCUUCAAAUAUUUCGUUCACGUGGAACACCGACGGUAUAUCACUUUUUAAAUCUUCUAAAUUUAGCCUGUGGCCAUUUUAUUUGACGGUAAACGAACUUCCACUCAAGGAUCGAACAAAAAAAAAAAUUUGUUGUUAGCAGGAAUUUGGUUUGGGGAAAAACCAAAACCGAAUUUAUUUUUGAGUAGUUUUCGCGAUAAUUUAAAAAAAAUUUACAAUGGUGUUUGGUGCAGAACGCCCGACUUGAAUAGUAGAGUAAAGGUCCAAGGUAUGAUAAUUUGUGGCACUUGCGACCUACCAGCAAAAGCCACAUUUUUAAACAUGAAAGGUCAUACAGGAAUUUUUGGAUGUUGUCAUUGCAAAAUUCAGAGUAAGUAUUUUAAUAAAAGACGUAUUUAUCCUUUUAAAAAAAAAUUGCAAACUAGAACGACUAAAGAAUCUAUAAAAGAUAGUAAAAAAGCCAUAAAAUCUCGAAAAUCAGUCAAUGGAAUCAAAGGUCACACAGUUUCAACGCAAAUCGUGCAUGAUGUUUUUAAUACAACUGUUGUUGAUAUCAUGCACUGUGUAUAUUUAGGUGUUGUUAAAAAAUUAUUUAGUUUAUGGUUUGACAAUUGUAAUAGUAACAAUGUCUUUUCUCUUCAUGAUCAUUUGAGUUGGGUAGACAGUAAAAUUCGAUCUAUUUUCCCGCCUGGGUUUGUUUCUAGAUUAACUAGAUCAGUUAAUGAUUAUAAAUACUGGAAAGCAUCGGAGUGGAAGCAAUGGCUCUUACAUUAUUCUAUUCCUAUUUUGAGUUCAAUUAUGACCGACCAAUACUUAGAACAUCAUAAACUGUUGGUGACUGCUAUUAGCUACCUAAGCUAUAUAUCUAUAAGCAAAAAAAUGAUUUCUGUUUCAUUCACUUCAAUUAAAAUUUAUAUUUUUCAAUUCAAAAAUUUGUACGGAUUAACCCAUAUGACCUGUAAUUUACAUAGUCUCUAUCAUCUUCCGGAUGUUGUUCGUAAAUUUGGUCCGCUACCUGUAACAUCUUGUUUUGCUUAUGAAGAUUUGAAUGGCUCAUUUCGACGGUUAGUGCAAGGUACUCGAUAUGCACAGUUACAAAUUUGCUCAGCUUUGUCCGUUUUUAAUAAUAUUAUCGAAGUAAAGUCUGAAGCAAUUCUAGAAAAUACUGAUGUGACAAAAUUUUGUAAAAAAGUGGAACUAUUUCAUUUGAGAAACCGAAAACUAGUCCAUAUUUUAGAUAAAUGCUUUAUAAUAGGUAUAAUAGUUCACUAUUAUCUCUCUGAUUCAUUGCAAAUUAUUUUCGAGGGUAGUAAUAUUUACUUACAACCUUCUGAUAAGAUUUACAGGUUUACACGCUUAUUCAAAAACAAUUUAGUAUAUGAAUCAGAACUCUACAAACGUAAGAAAAAAACAAAUUCAUCUAUUGUUGUUUACAAUCGCGGUAAUCAAAAUAAUAUUGGUAUUAUUAGUGAAUUUAUAAAAGUUUGUUUCUGUCAAGAUGUUCCUUGUAGUGCUAAUUGUAUAAACAGUAAUUUUUUCGCCGUUAUUAUAAAAUGUUCUUUAGUAGAAUCUAAUAUACCUGAUACUUUAAUUGAUAUGAUUGAUCUUUGUGUAAAAUCUAAUGAACCUCAAAUAGCUAUAAAUAUAAAAGAACUGAUAACUGUGUGCUUCAGAGUUAACAGUAAUGAUGAAACAGAGCCAAAUACUUUUUUUGUUGCAAGGCCAGUUAAUUUAACAGAGAUAGAAUAGAAAUAAAUGUAAAAAAUUGUUUAAUAUUGUAAUAAUUAUUUAAAUGAAUAGCUAAAAAAAAAUUCAGUCUUUCGAUAAUAUAAUUUUUUCAGCAUAGAGAAUAAUUUCAGAUGUAAUUUUUCGCAAAUUUUAUUAUUAAGAUGGAAUUUUACAGUUAAAUAAAGAAGCAAAAAAUUACAUGAAUGCCGACGAAGUACUAU